AUGGCGAUUGAAAGAACACACAGUCUACGAAAGACCCUCCCUAUCGGAAACUCAGGCCUCCGCAUACCGACUCUAGGAUUUGGAGUCUACAAAAUCCCCCCACAUACAUGCAAGGCUGCAUGUCUCAGCGCUUUGCAGCAUGGAUACCGCCACAUCGACUGUGCGCAACUUUACAAAUCCGAGGCGGAAGUCGCUGCUGCCGUUGCAGAAUCACCUGUUCCCCGGGAAGAAGUGUUCUUGACAACCAAGAUCAAGCAGUGGCGCGGGGGGACCGAUGACCUUCACCAAAGUCUUCUCAAGAGCAUUGAGGCUUUAGGAGGAGGCCCGGAUGGAUAUGUCGAUCUCUUUCUGAUUCAUACCCCAAGGUUCCGCAACGGAUCUGUAAAGGACGUGUGGCUUGCUCUAGAGAAGUUCCAUGCUGAAGGUAGAGUCAAGGCCAUUGGGGUCAGCAACUUUGGUAUCGACCACCUCGAGGAGCUGAAGGAGCAUGCAAGCAUAUGGCCUCCACACCUACACCCUUGGUGCCAGCAACGGGAACUGGUCAAAUACUGCCGGGACAACAACAUUAUAAUUCAAGCAUAUAGCCCUCUGGCAACUGGAGCAAGACUCAGCGACCCAAGGCUGAAACUAAUCGCGACCGAGAACGGGAAAUCACCAGCGCAAGUCCUCAUACGGUAUAGCCUACAAAAAGGCUGGAUUCCGCUCCCAAAAAGUGAGAACCGAGAGAGAAUCCGAGAGAACGCUCAAGUGUUUGAUUUUGAGCUCGAUGACACAGACAUGUCCGUUCUCGAUGGGAUCGAUGAAGGAAAGCUUGGAGCACGGUUUCCUGCUAAUGUGAUGUAG